AUGCAAGAGUGCGUCAUUCAAGAGUGUGCCAUGCAAGAGUGCGUCAAGCAUGAGAGAUUCAUGUACGAGGGCACCUUACAAGAGUGCAUCAUGCAAGAGUGCGUUAUGCAAGAGUGCGUUAUGCAAGAGUGCGUCAUGCAAGAGUGCGUCAUGCAAGAGUGCGUGUUGCAAGAGUGCAUCAUGCAAGAGUAUGUCAUGCAAGAGUGCGUCAUGCAAGAGUGCGCCAUGCAAGAGUGCGUCAUGCAAGAGUGCGUUAUAAAAGAGUGGGUCAUGCAAGAGUGCGUCAUGCAAGAGUGCGUCAUGCAAGGGAGGGGAAAUCUUGGUGUAGAGAGAGGAGGUUCUGCCGCCGACCACACUAGCGACCUCACCCGAGGUGUAGAGAGAGCAGGUUCUACCGCCGGCCACACUAGCGACCUCACCCGAGGUGUAGAGAGAGCAGGUUCUGCCGCCGACCACACUAGCGACCUCACCCGAGGUGUAGAGAGAGCAGGUUCUACCGCCGGCCACACUAGCGACCUCACCCGAGGUGUAGAGAGAGCAGGUUCUACCGCCGGCCACACUAGCGACCUCACCCGAGGUGUAGAGAGAGCAGGUUCUACCGCCGGCCACACUAGCGACCUCACCCGAGGUGUAGAGAGAGCAGGUUCUGCCGCCGGCCACACUAGCGACCUCACCCGAGGUGUAGAGAGAGCAGGUUCUGCCCCCGGCCACACUAGCGACCUCACCCGAGGUGUAGAGAGAGCAGGUUCUGCCCCCGGCCACACUAGCGACCUCACCCGAGGUGUAGAGAGAGCAGGUUCUGCCCCCGGCCACACUAGCGACCUCACCCGAGGUGUAGAGAGAGCAGGUUCUGCCGCCGGCCACACUAGCGACCUCACCCGAGGUGUAGAGAGAGCAGGUUCUGCCGCCGGCCACACUAGCGACCUCACCCGAGGUGUAGAGAGAGCAGGUUCUGCCGCCGGCCAAACUAGCGACCUCACCCGAGGUGUAGAGAGAACAGGUUCUGCCCCCUGCCACACUAGCGACCUCACCCGAGGUGUAGGGAGAGCAGGUUCUGCCCCCGGCCACACUAGCGACCUCACCCGAGGUGUAGAGAGAGCAGGUUCUGCCCCCGGCCACACUAGCGACCUCACCCGAGGUGUAGAGAGAGCAGGUUCUGCCCCCGGCCACACUAGCGACCUCACCCGAGGUGUAGAGAGAGCAGGUUCUGCCCCCGGCCACACUAGCGACCUUGCCCGAGGUGUAGAGAGAGCAGGUUCUGCCGCCGGCCACACUAACGACCUCACCCGAGGUGUAGAGAGAGCAGGUUCUGCCGCCGGCCACACUAGCGACCUCACCCGAGGUGUAGAGAGAGCAGGUUCUGCCGCCGGCCAAACUAGCGACCUCACCCGAGGUGUAGAGAGAACAGGUUCUGCCCCCUGCCACACUAGCGACCUCACCCGAGGUGUAGAGAGAGCAGGUUCUGCCCCCGGCCACACUAGCGACCUCACCCGAGGUGUAGAGAGAGCAGGUUCUGCCACCGGCCACACUAGCGACCUUACCCGAGGUGUAGAGAGAGCAUGUUCUGCCACUGGCCUCACUAGCGACCUCACCCGAGGUGUAGAGAGAGCAGGUUCUACCUGA